UUGUCUGCCGAAUCCAGGCAGUCGAAGCUUUUGCCUAGGAGGAGAAAUCGGCUAUUGAAAUUGUGCCAUUCAACAUUAUGUGGCCGGGGACGUUUCUCCGUAUCUAUGUUUUAAUUGCUUCCUGAUUAACCACAAGUUUCAGUUUUAUAAUAUUUAUAAUUGCAAUGGCUAUCGGAAAGCUGAUCGUUGUCUGUCAGUCCGGUGGAAAGUUCACCACCAAUGCUGAUGGAACCUUAUCUUACUCCGGUGGAGACGCCCACGCAACGAGCCUCACCCUUGACACCAAAUUUGAUGAUUUCAAGUCUGAAAUUGCUGAUAUGUGGAAGUAUGAUCUCCAUUCUCUCACCAUUAAGUACUUCCUCCCCAACAACAAGCGCACCCUUAUCACCAUUUCUACUGACAAAGACGUACGCCGCUUCCUUGAAUUCCAUGAAGACUGUGCUUCUGCUGAUGUUUAUGUCAUCAUACCCACGCCUCCUGCUCCCAGCGAUGCUACCUCCAUGCCUUGUAGCAGGUCCAGUCAUACAAUGCCCAAUGGACCUGUUUCUCCAGUUGAUGCUCCCUCUGAUUUUGUCCCCGAUGAACCUGUUUCUCCUGUUGAUGCUCCUGCGGAUUUUCUUCCUGAUGCAGAAGACACUGAGCAGCAGAAAACACCUGGCAUUUCAUCAUGGAAGAAUUGCGUUACAGGAAUAGGUCAGACUUUCAAUACUCGACGCGAACUUCAUGAUGCUUUGGACAAGUUUUCUUUAGCACAUGGUUUCCACUAUACUCUUAAAAACAGCGAUGGUAGGCGUUUUUGUGCAAGGUGUAAGGCAGAAGGGUGUCCUUGGUUCUUUAUUGCACCAAAAUUGUCCACCACCAAGUUGUUCAGGAUUAAAAAGAUGAAUGACAUUCACACCUGUGGUGUGGGUUCAAUAAGGACUAAUGCCUCAAGGAAAUUGGUUGCAAGUAUUAUAAAGGAAAAGUUGCGAGAUACCCCCACUUACAAGCCCCAAGAAAUCAUCGAUGAUAUCCGACGGGAUUUGGGAAUUGAACUGAAUUAUGCACAGGCUUAUGGGGGGAUAGCAGCUGCACUAGAGGAACUUCAAGGUUCACAUAGAAAGGCAUAUAAUCAGUUGCCAUUGCUGUGUGAGAAAAUAUUGGAAACAAAUCCCGGCAGUGCUGCCAUUCUCAACACCAAAGAGGACUCAAGCUUUCACCGAAUAUUUGUUGCUUUCUUUGCAUCUCUCUAUGGAUUCCAGAAUGGUUGCCGCCCACUACUUUUUCUUGAUUGUGUGCCUUUGAAGUCAAAAUACAGGGGAGAGCUGUUUACUGCCACUGCUUUGGAUGGAAAUGACGGUAUUUUUCUUGUAGCUUUUGCAAUAGUAGAUGUAGUGAGCGAUGAUAAUUGGCGCUGGUUUUUGGAGCAGCUGAAGACUGUGCUCUCUACAUCUCAUGAGAUAACAUUUGUGGCAGAUAUGAAAAAGGAAAUGAGUGAAACCCUUGGCUUGAUAUUUCCUAAUUGUUUCCAUGGUUAUUGCCUGCAUCAGCUAACAGAAAGCCUGAAAAACAAGUUUAAGGGAUCAUUAACUCAAGAGGUAGUCCGUGUGCUAAUUUCUGAAUUUCAUGGUGCCACUUAUGCACCAACUUCUGAAGGGUUUAAAAAGUGCAUUGAGACUAUAAAAAAUAUAUCUCCUGAGGCUUACGAAUGGGUCUUGCAGACUGAACCUGAGCACUGGGCAAACGCAUUUUUUAAGGGUGCAAGGUACAAUCAUCUUAAAUCUAGCACUACAGAGUCAUUUUGUGAUUGGGUUUCGGAUUUACCUGCAAUGCCAAUAACACAAGUGAUUGAAACAAUACGCCGUAAAAUGAUGGAAUUCAUGUAUACACGUAAGAUGGAUUCGGAUCAAUGGUCAUCAAAGCUUACUCCAUCUGCAGAGGAAAACCUCCAAAAAAGUCUUGUCAAUUCACGUUCCCUGGAAGUAUUAUUUUCACCCGGUAGUUGUUUCAAGGUUCGUGAUACUUUGGGCAUAAUAAAUGUUGUCACCCUUGAAAAUUCGGAUUGCAGUUGCAGGGAAUGGCAGAUAAAUGGCUUACCAUGUUUACAUGCUGUAGCAGCAAUUGAGCACAUCGGCAAGAAUGUUUAUGAUUAUUGCUCCCGAUAUUUUACAAUUGAGGCUUUUAAAGUUACAUAUUCAGAGUCUAUAAACCCAAUUCCAGCUUUAGACAGGUGCGUGCAAAGAGAAUCCUCGCAAGUGCAUGUAGAUCCUCCUUGCAUUCCCCGUCCGGUGGGUAGGCCCAAGGAAAGAAAACAUGCACUUAAAUCGAAACAAGCUGUUAAGAGAACACUUCAGUGCAGCAAUUGCAAAAAGCUUGGGCACAACAAAAGGAAAUGCAAGCAAUUUGCUUAGCUCUGCUCUGUUUGUGUGCCUGGUAAAAACGUUAUAGUAUUUAGGUAGGUUGAAGGAAAAUUUGUGAUGAGGCCGACCUGGAUGAGAUGAACUGUUAUAAUAGAAUCUUGUAUGUAGAUUGAUUGGUCUGGAUAUUACAGACUGGGUGGUUGUACUAGUGAUUUCCUUUUGGAGUAGGAAGAUGUUUGAUGUUAGGUUUACAUUUGUACUUACAAUGUAAGAAUGGCUUUGUCUUUGACCUUUUGACCUAGUGGUUAAAAAGUUACAUGUGAACGUGAGUUUUAACUUUACCAUCUUUUUUCUCCAUUUUACGCCUAUGAACCCAAAAAAAUAAAAAAAUGUAAGAAUAGCUUCUUUGUUUUCGGUAAGUUUAUAAGUAAUAUAAACGAGGGCCAUUCCUGCAAAUAUGCGUUGUUGAAGUAGUGAGCAACAGACAGACAGCUCGUUAAUAA